AUGCUGAUAAGAGACCGCAACAUCCUUGGCCCCGAGGAAGGCCCGAAACUUGGAUCUCGAUGGACCUUGGUAUUUUAUGGAGCUUCUAACGCUCAUGGCAAUGACAUUGCGGCAAUCAUCACCUUCCCAACUGAUUUUCAUUUACCCUUCACUGCAAGGUUGUGUUUCGAAUGUACCAAAAAUAUAGCAGAAUACGAGGCCUGUAUCUUUGGCAUUAAAGCUGCAAUUAGGAUCAAAAUUCUUGAAGUCUACAAUGAUUCAGCCUUGGUAAUCAGCCAAGUCAAAGGAGAUUGGGAAGCUCGAGAUCAUAAGAUCAUCCCUUACAAGGAGCAUGUUCUAAAACUGAUCCUCUACUUUGACAAGAUUACAUUCAACCACAUCCCUAGAGAGAAAAAUCAGCUAGGUGACGCCUUGGCAACUUUGUCAUCCAUGUUUAAGGUCAAAUGUAAAAAUGAAGCACCAACUUUCCACCUCAACUACUUGGACGAGCCUAUCCACUGUUUGGCGGCAGAAGACGAAGCUAACGGUCAUCCUUGGUUCUAUGAAAUCAUGAAGUUCUUAGAGAGCCAAGAGUACCCUGAAAAUUUAUCCAUCACCGACAAGAAGUAUCUUCAUAAACUAUUGUCCAAGUUCUUCUUAAGUGGAGGGGUAUUAUACAAGAGAAAUUUUGAUUCAGUUUUUCUUAGACGUGUGAGCAAGCAAGAAACAAACCAGAUUAUAAUGGAAAUUGAUGAGGAAUCCUUUGGGACGCACACCAUUGGACAUACCAUGGUAAAGAUAAAUCUUGAGGGUUGUUUAUUAUUGGAUUACUAUGGAGGUUGA